AUGGCAUCAUCUUUUUUUAUAUCACCUUCAACACCAACAGGAAAUAAUCAUCGUAUUGAACUUGCUGGUAUCGAUCUUUGGCUCCUGGCAUGCAUCAAUAAUAUAUUUGUCUAUCCUUCUGAAAUAAAUAUUGAUCAAUUUAAACAAGCACUUAGUCGUACUCUUUCUUUAUGGCCACUUGGUUGUGGUCGUAUUGUGUUAGAAAAUGAUCAACAUUAUGUCAUUGAAAUGUGUGAUAAUCCUAUUCCGGUAACAUUAGUGCUUAAUAAUGAUUUGAAACAAUGGCCUCUAAAUUCAAAUGCUUUAGUAGAAGUAAAUGAUAAACGCCUAUCAGCAUUUAUCGAUGAAAUUCAAGUGACUAAAUUAUUUAAUAAUUCAUCUGAUGAACCACUUGUUCGCUUCAAAUUAACUCAUAUUGCACAAAGUGGUGAAUGGGCAUUAGGUAUCAGUUGA